GACUCCCUGGUAAUACGCAAGCUGCUGGAGACCACCGACGCGCAGGAGUGCGCGCUGCGCCGCCUGGAAGAGGCCUGGCCUGCCGCUGGCGCCGCCUCCGAGGAGGUCUGCUCGCUGCUCGUCCGGACGGAUGCCCUGGAGCAGCGUCUCGACUGCAUUCAGCAGGACGAUAACGAGGACAAGUUCGCCGAUAAGGCGGAUCGGACCGAGCUCCUGCGCGUAGAGGCCUCGCUGCAGGAGCUGUCGGACCCCCUGCGGCGCCUCUCCCAGCGCACCGCGAACAGCGAGUCGCGGGCGGCGGCGUUGGAGAGGAGCCCUUUGGGGGCCCUGUUCACGGUCAGCGAUGUGGCGAAGUCCAUCGAGUCCCUCUGCUCAGUGUUCAGCUCGGUGCCAGAGUUCCACAUCACAUUCGCGCUGGCGCAUGUGACGUCUACGAUUGUGCUUGAGUCGUCUGCGAUCCCUGAGAUGGUUGCCAGCAUCUCCCGCUCGCCCCUGUAG